AGAAUUUUUUCCGUUUUGUCAUCGGUGACCACGCUCAUGGGAGAGCAGUGCUUGCAGUAGCACGAGUCGCAGAAAAAAUCACGGGGCUCCCACUGGCAAAUAUGUACCUCUUCUUUCCCAGCCGCAUUCUUUCUAGAUUUUCCAGAAUAGUUUAUUCUCGCUCCGUCCAGUCGAGGGAAAGAGCGAGCGAGCGAGUUUUCUUUUCCUUCUCGCAGGCUGGCGGCGAGCUAUGUGACCGGAUUCCUGUCCUUCUAUGCCCCUGCUUUCUUUUCUCUUUCUCUCCCUUGGCACACUUCCAUUCUUAAAACCAGGGGCCGGCUGUUUUUCAGUUGUAUGAGUGUGUGUGCCUUGGUGAUGCAUUGCUCGCUGGUGAGGUGAUGGCUUCUUCUUCUUCUCCUUCUUUCUCGUCGUCUCUACGCAACCACAACGUUGUUUCCUCCUCCUCUUCCUGCUGCUCCCGCUACUGCUUAAGAAAUCUAGUCUUCCUCCUCUUCCUCCUCUGUGCAGCUAAUGUUGUGACUGCCAGUGGUGAUGAUGAUCGCGGCAGGAACUUGCGAGCAAUGAACACCACCGGGAAUAUCAGCCUAGUUUGCCAGGCAACCCAGUUCCCCGACGUUUGCUACUCGUCGCUGGUGACAAGUCCUGGAGCAGCCAAUGCCAAGUAUUCCCAGCAGCUCGUCGGCAUCUCAAUCACCAUCGCCUACCAAGGCGUGAACGAGAGCGACGCCUUCGCCGACCAGCUCAUCCAGGAGUCCACCUCCGACGUAAGUGUCAAGGGCAUCGCUCGGGACUGCAAGGACCUUCUCACGUCCUCCAAGUUCUGGCUCCAGGAAUGCGUCGCCUCCGACCUGGACAAGCAAGUCCAAGACAUGCAGCAAUGGCUCAGCGGGGUUCUCACAUAUCAGACCGACUGUACCUCGUCGCUGUCCGUCGUAAAAAAGACCAAAUUCAUCAAGAAGAUGAUGCACAAGCUCGAGUCUGUCGCCCGUCUCAUCAGCAAUGCCUUGUCCAUGGUUGAUGCCUUCGCCUCUUACGGUUCCAAUCCACAGCACUGGAAGCGCCCGACUCUCCACAAGCGAAAGCUGCAAGCUUCUUUGACUUCUUCUUCCUUCUCGGUCGAUACCACGAGCAAUUCAGCCCCGUCCUGGCUGGGAAUGCACGAUCGUCGCCUUCUCGAAGCCCCCGCUUCACUGAUCUCUCCCUCGGCAAUUGUCUCCCGCACGCCGGACCAGCCGCAGCUCACCAUCUUCACCAGCAUCCAAGCGGCCGUCGACCACGCGCCAAACCACUGCACCGCUCGCUACGUGAUUUACAUCAAAGCCGGUGUCUACGCCGAGAACGUGAGGAUCCCGCUCCAAAAGUCGAUGCUCAUGUUCGUGGGCGACGGGAUGGACAAGACCAUCAUCCGGGGGAGUAUGAGCGUGUCCAAAGGCGGCACCACGACGUUCGCGUCGGCAACACUCGCUGUGAACGGCAAAGGCUUCCUGGCCCGUGACUUAACAGUGGAGAACACCGCGGGACCCGAGGGCCACCAGGCAGUAGCUCUUCGCGUGGACAGUGAUAUGUCGGCCUUCCACAGCUGCUCGAUCCUAGGCUACCAGGACACCCUCUACGCUCACACCUUCCGCCAGUUCUACAGGGACUGCCGGAUCGAAGGUACCAUCGAUUUCAUCUUUGGCAAUGCCGCGGCUGUGUUGCAGAACUGUCUCAUCCGCGUCCGCCCUGGCAACCCGGGCGUGAUCCUCAGCACCGUCACCGCGCAAGGCCGCCUCGAUCCGGCCCAGCCCACCGGCCUCGUCUUCCAAAACUGUACCGUCAAUGGCACCGAGGAGUACAUGCGCGGCCUCCUCGCCGAGCCGCGCAAGCACCUCGCCUACCUGGGCCGCCCCUGGAAACUCUACUCGCGGACGAUCUUCCUCCACACUUACAUGGAAUCGCUCGUCCGGCCCGAGGGAUGGCUGCCCUGGGAUGGAAAUUUCGCCCUCGCCACGCUCUACUUCGCGGAGUACCUCAGCUGCGGCCCCGGCGCCAGCGCCUUCUCGCGCGUGCCCUGGUCGACGCAGCUCAGCAUCGCCGAUGCCCUAGGCUACACCGUCCAGAGCUUCAUCCAGGGCGAUUCCUGGCUCCCAUCCACGAACAUCCCCUUCUUCCACUUCAUCUAGGAUCGAUCCAGCGCGAGGAGCGAUGCCGAUCGAGCGAGGAGCGCUCGGCGUCCUCGGCGCGGCAAUGCCCCCGCAUUUUCCAUGUAAACGAAUCUACACGACCUAAUAGAAUAUGCUAGAGACCA